AUGCAUUCGGAUUAUUACUAUACCAGACCCAUGACACCUCCAGUUUCGGCAGCCAUUCCUACUUGGAGUGAAACUGGCCAUGCCACUUCUGGCUCCUCGGCCUACUCCAACGACUCUUCUCCUGCGUCUGUGGUCACUGGCACAACUACCCCAAGCAGAUCACCAGCUAGACAACAUGUCCCAGCUUUACUGCCCAAGAUCAGACCACAGGACAUCGUCGUUGAGCCUGCAUCCGCUGGUGGACCUCAACGUCAUCGUCGAGUUCUGUCUAAUACGCGCAACCCGCCUGGAUUCGUUCCUUAUCCGUCCAACCGCCCUGCCAUUCAAAGGGUGAGCUUUAUCGACUCCUCUACCGCGGACUGUGCGGUCGUGUCACCCGCAUCGACCACUCCGACAAUCACUGCUGGUCGUGCCUCUCUUGCUGGGUCACCAGUAACCUUGACGCCUUCUCAUAGACGCAAGGUCUCUGGUGGACAUUCUCGUUCCGGCUCUGCUUCGAGUAUCGAUGAAGCAACUCUAAGCCGUUACGGUUAUCCCACCUAUAGACAGCUCCCGAAGUAUGUCUCCCAGUCACAAGUCACGCCUACUACCCCGGCCACUCCUGGCCUUCUUGUCAACCCAAUCUAUUCUCAACCCCUUGCCAGCAGCUUAGCUCCGCCGCUGGACGGCCUGGCUCAGCUGCAGCCCAUGUAUAAUACUACUACUGCCCUUACUGCGCAAGCGAACUAUAUGGGUUCUGCUCUGAACGUACCCAUUACAUCGCUGGCCCGGGUAAUUCCUACAGCGGAGCGUGCACCGUCCACCACGCUUCUUGAUUAUCUUACCGGCCCAACACAGGCCAUUAAUUUAGUGCAUAAUUUGAGUGUUGUCCCCAGUCGCGGUCUGCAGAGCUACUUCUGGUGGGACAUCCGGAACCUCCGUAGCUGGUCGUCUUUCUCACUGGAGACGAUCAACUGCAUCAGCGGACUCACCAAGCUAUUGACGACGGAAAUCCCAGAACACCUUGCCCCUCCAGCUAUCGUUCCAUCUUCACGUCUGUCUCCUGAGUCUGAAACAGCUCUCGUGGAACUCUUACGGGAUGUCUAUGCCCUGCGUGUUAAUGCUGCAUUGGCAGUGUCUCAAGGUCCAGACCAUUUGUCUCUUUAUGUCUCUCCAGAUGCAAACAGUGCGGGAAACAGAGCUGGCGGCCCCCAUUUCCUCGCAAAUUACGCCUCGGACACCGAACGUACGACUUCUGGCUCUCCGCGCGGUCGAGUCGUUGGAGUCGUCAAGAGCUUCGAUCGCUGGAACACUGGAAUGCGCAACGAAGCGCCUCAUCGGCGAGUUGAGUACCUCAAUGGACUGUCCCAUCUUCAACGUUGUAUGCGUGAACAUUCCUGCCGGUAUGGCUUCAUCAUGACGGAAAUUGAGCUUGUCUGUGUCCGUGCUGGUUGCGACGAGGGCGAUGACGUGCCUUAUUUCGGUUUUCUAGAGCUGGCGACUCCAAUAGCGACAAAGACAUCGUCAGCCAGCUUCGACAAUGUCUCUGGCAACACAGUGGACAAUUAUCCUCCUUUUCACUCCCCCGCUACCACAGACUCCUCACGCAGCGUGUCUCCACCGGAUUGCAACGACCCCGACGGGCAGCCAGACAACCUGAACGUCCCCAUGACCGCAAGCAUGGCUCUAUAUUUUCUUCUCAUGCUUUCGAAAUCGGUCCCAUUGCCGGAUCAACCGUCCGGCCAUCUGAAUGUCGGCGGGCCCGGCGCACUUACCCGUCAACGUGUUCUGCCAGAAGGAAGAGACAAAUGGAUUCCGGAGCCACAGCUCUCAGAGCGUCGCGACGCAAAACGUUCUCGAGGCUGGGUUUGGCCCCAAGAUGCUUGGCAUCGUCGUGAAGGAGGUUCAGCUCGUGCCAAAGCUAGUACGGCAGAAGGGAAGACGAAGAAAUGGCACAAGUGA